UGAGCAACAAAAAAAAGUUUAAAAAAAACAAAGCCAAAUCUGUCCUUUUCUUUUCUUUUCUCUUAUAGACUCGACUAUGGCCAUGAAUCUUUACCAACAGCCUGAAAAGCAUUUAGUUCAAUUCAAUGCUGGAAAAUGUACUCGUGAUGGCAACUUGCUCAAACCUGAUCUUCGAAAAGGCAUGAUUUACAUGGAUCAGGGUGAUGAUCAACUGAUGCAUUUCUAUUGGAAAGAAAGGAAACACAAUAGUCAACCUGAAGAUGAUCUAAUCAUUUUCCCUGAUGAAGCAGAAUUAGUUCGUGUACCUGAAUGUACAACCGGUCGUGUUAUCUUACUAAAAUUCAAGACUUCUAGCCAACGACUCUUUUAUUGGAUGCAAAAGUUGGAUGAUGAUAUGGACGAGCAGAUGAUUCAAAGAGUCAAUCAACUUAUCAAUGAUCCUUCUUCUGCCAUGGAUGACAGUCAAAUGGAUAUAGACUCUUCUGAUCAUAGUAUAGAAAUGGAAUUGAUGCAACGAUUAAUGGGAUCUGCUGGUCAAGGAAAUUUAACGGAAGAAAAUCUUUUGGAAUUGUUUCAACAAGCUGGUCAACUAAGUAGUACUGCCAACUCUGGACCAAACGAUGAUGACGAUCAUACCGAAAUGGACAACAACACAACCAAUGCCACUGUACCAUCCACUACUGACACAAUCACUUCUACUGCUGCCACCACGACAACAAGCGAUACAACUGAACCUUCAUCUCAAAAUGAACAACCAGUACAAUCUCAACAAGAGUCUGAACCAGCCAUUUCUAAUGAUUCUACAGCACAGUUUGAACAACUACAAUCGUUGAUGGAAAGUAUGCAACAAUCUCAAGGAUCAACUUCAAUACAGUUAGGAGACGUAUUGACCAAUCAAACCUUGUCAACAUUACUGAGCGAUAGUCAAGUAUGCAGUAGUUUGUUCCCCUUCUUACCUGAAAAUUCUGAACGCACACCUGAAGAAGUCCAACAAGUGGCCAGAUCACCUCAAUUCCAACAAGCUUUACAAAGUUUAACCGCUGCACUUCAAAGUGGUCAAUUAGGGCCUCUAUUGACUCAACUUGGAUUAGAUCCCUCUGCUGGAAAUGGUGUGGAGGCGUUUUUGAAGGCUAUUGAAGAUCAAGCAAGAACAAAGGAAAACUCUAUGGAUGAAGAUUAGAAAUAUAAAUGAUUAGUUUAAUUAAAUCUAAUUAGAUGUGUUUAUUCUUUUUUUUUUAAUGAAAUAAAGUGAUUCAUCCAUUGAAAUGUA